GGGGGUGGCGGGGCGCGGGCGGCUCCGUGGAGCCGCGGCGGUGUCGGAGCGGGGGGGAGCGCGGCGGCCGUCCCCGCUGUCGGAGGCGAGCUGCCUCCUCCGCCCCUGGCGGGCGGCUCGCCUGCCCCCAGCGGCCCGGGAGGAACUGAACCGUCGCUGCACAGGAAGUAGCGGCUGCGGGGAGCAGCGGCGGCGGCGGCAGCUGGGGCUGCCGCACUCAAUGAAAGAGGCUCCCGCGGCCGCCUCGCUCGCCCCUCCGCCGCCUCCCCAGGGCUGAGCCCGCCGCCGCUGCCGCCGGGGGGGCACCGCGGAGAGCAGCAGGAGAAGGCGGGCCAGGCCGCCCGCCGCGGGCUGAGCCGGGCAGAGGCGGCUCCGGCGGCGACUGCAGGCAAAUGAGAAAGCAAAUCUCUUGAAACAUAAACAGUGGCACUUCCCUGGAGGGAGGAGAUGGAAAUUCUCCUGUGACUCUGAAUGUUGGCAGGUGCCAGAAGUGUUCCACGGUCGUGGUGGACAGUUAUUCUGAGUGACGGCCCUUGCAAGCGCUUCUGAGUGGUUAUCAUGGGCUUCAUUGCCUUUCUGAAGACCCAGUUCAUAGUUCAUCUCCUCAUUGGGUUUGUUUUCGUUGUGAGUGGACUAAUCAUUAACUUCAUUCAACUAUGCACGCUAGUCCUCUGGCCCAUAAACAAGCAGUUUUAUCGCCGAGUAAACUGUCGCCUUGCCUAUUCACUUUGGAGCCAGUUAGUAAUGUUGCUGGAAUGGUGGUCAGGCACAGAGUGCACCUUGUUCUCUGACCAGGCUACAGUGAAUACCUUUGGGAAAGAGCACGUCAUCAUCAUCUUGAAUCACAACUUUGAAAUCGACUUCUUGUGCGGAUGGACUAUGACAGAGCGCUUUGGAGUACUAGGGAGUUCCAAAGUUCUUGCUAAAAGAGAACUAUUAUAUGUGCCCCUAAUUGGCUGGACUUGGUACUUCCUUGAGAUUGUCUUCUGCAAAAGGAAAUGGGAAGAAGACAGAGAUACAGUAAUUGAAGGAUUAAAACGUUUGUCUGAUUAUCCUGAAUAUAUGUGGUUUCUCCUGUACUGUGAAGGAACUCGUUUUACAGAGACCAAGCAUCGUAUCAGCAUGGAGGUAGCUGAAUCCAAGGGGCUGCCUAAACUGAAAUAUCAUCUCUUGCCCAGAACCAAAGGUUUCACCACUGCUGUCCAGUGUCUCAGGGGAACAGUUUCAGCAGUAUAUGAUGUAACACUAAAUUUCAGAGGAAACAAGAACCCGUCUUUAUUAGGAAUUCUUUAUGGAAAGAAAUAUGAAGCAGAUAUGUGUGUAAGGAGAUUUCCUCUGGAAGAUAUCCCUCAAGAUGAAAAGGAAGCUGCAAACUGGCUUCAUAAGCUUUACCAAGAAAAGGAUGCUUUGCAAGAGAUGUAUAAUCAAGAAGGCAUAUUUCCCGGCCAGCAGUUUAAACCUCCUAGAAGACCGUGGACUCUCCUAAACUUUCUCUUCUGGGCCACAAUUCUCCUGUCUCCUCUCUUCACGUUUGGCUUCGGAGUUUUUGCAAGUGGAUCACCUCUUCUUAUCCUUGCAUUCUUGGGAUUUGUUGGAGCAGCUUCCUUUGGAGUUCGUAGACUGAUAGGAGUAACUGAAAUAGAAAAAGGCUCCAGCUAUGGCAACCAAGAAUUCAAGAAAAAGGAAUAACUGACAGCUGCAGUUCAGCACAUGUAACCAGACUGUGGUAUCCAAUUAACUUCAGUUAAAAAAAGAAAAACAACAACAACAACAACAAACACUUGGAAACUAUCUUUUUCUUAAUAACUGAUGAUUAAUAUUAAUGAAUAAAACUUGAGCCAAGAAUGAAGAAGUUGGAGGCAUCAACUGAAGAGAAAGCAUCAACUUUCUGCCUGUUUAAGGAUUACUGUAGUCAAACUAUGGGAGAAAAUCUGGAGGAAAAAAGAAACUAAUUUUUCUUGCUUUGGGGACGUGGGAGUGGGAGGGGUAAAAGGGGGCAUUGGACAUGGCUGUGUGCAUCUUCAGAUGACUGAACACACUGGUUUAUGUCAAGAGCACUACACUCACUUUUACAACAGGAGCCACUGAAUGUUUCCUCUUGCUAAAGCCAACGUAAUGUUUGUUGAUUUCCAACUUUUUUAAUUAAUGCUCCAGGAAAAAAACAACCCUUCUUAAAUUAAUUGACAAAUGUUCUUUGGGUUAGAGUCAUUUUGGAAAGGCUGCGUUGUCAUGACUACAGAUGAAAUCCUAUUUGUAUGUUACGCUGAUACUUUUUUAUUUUCAGGCAACAUCUAACUAAUUCUGUAAUGCAAGAGAAUGGAUAGUGGAGUUUGGAUGGAAGUAGUAUGUUACUGACUGGCGCAUACUAUAGAACAGAUUCACUAGUAUUAAGAUGGUAUAUAAUUCUCAUCAUACCUCCUGCCAACUGCUCAAGGCUCAGUUUAAACUCAACAUACUACUUUGGUCUUGAGUGUUGUUUGCCCUGUUUCAAAUCAUAUGUGUAUGUAACCUUGAAUCUGUUUGAGCUUAUUUUGUUUUCUGAAUUAAUGGUGAAUGUGGGAUUUGGAGUUGUGCAAAGAAGGAAGUUUAUUCAAUUGUCCUGAAGUUUCCUCCUUUUAUUUCUGUUCAUGUCUGUCCUCACUGAAGUCCCAUUCAACCAAUCUCUCUCAGUAAACUGGGAGACAGCAGCAGAAACCAGCACUGUAGUUUUCAAAAAGUCGUCUUUUACAUGAAGUAACUCUAAAACAUGAAGUAACUCUAAAAGAAGAGGUCGGUAGCAAUCAGAGUUCAAAUACCGGCAUGUCUUGAACUUUUAAUGGGAGUUUUGACAUUGACUGGGGACAGGAUCUUUCCCUGUGUGCUCUACCGAUAGGCUAUGCUGCACUUUUUACCUGGUUGUGCUUUAGAUGUUAAUGUGAAGUAUAUUGCAAGGUGAGCCGUACUGUUAAGCACUAGAGUAAGUUUGGGAUCUCUUCAGGGAUUUUAAAUAACUUUAGUUUUGCUUGUUGAUCUUUGAAUUUUUUUCACUGAAAAUUAGAGAUCAGAAUUGUGGCUGUACCUAUCUUUUUUUUUUUUCUUUCCCAAACGCACAUUUUGAGAUUUUGUAGAUUGCUGCUGUAUGCAUAGCUGGAGAAUUAUCUGCAGACAGAUAGAAACUACCGAUAUGUUCAAGUCUGAAGGCCAGAUCUGCAUUUGACUACACUCAGAAGUUGGUGAAAUGGGUUGCAGACACACAGCUGAGUGCAGAAGCUGACCCUCAAGGUCUGUCAUUUUAACCCAGCUGUCACUAGACUAUUUAUCUCACUUUUGUAAAGAACAGAUCUUAUCAAAGCACUGAUCAUUAUUUUCAUCUUUGCUCUAGUAACCAAGAUAAGAGAGUAAUAAUUUACCUUCUUUUCAUAUUUACUCUUAACUGUUUGAAUGUAACCUCCUCUCCCACAGGUUUUUCUUUGUUUUCAAACAUUGGAAGAGUAAUUUCAUAACUUAGAAAAAUAUUUUACUUGGGGCCAUCAAUCACUGUUCCAUCAUGCACUUAAUUUUUAUUUGUUGUCUUUUCAACAAGAGGAUUUGAAGGAUGUCCUGUGUUGUCUGUCUUGUGUUAGACCCACCCAUAGUGCAGCAUUGGACCAGCAGCCCCAGUGUUAGUAUGUUGUGCUUUCUACCCCAAAAAUUUCUGCCCUAAGCUCGGGGGUGCAAAACCCUUAAAUGUUGGUGGAAUUUGGAAUAUGCUUUGGGAAUUGAGGAGAGCAGAGCCUAGCCAUGACUUUGUUUUUCUUAGCAGAUGUUUUUGCACUCUCCGUAAACACGGUUAGAUUUCCAAAUGCUGAUAAAGAGAACUCUCAGAUCUUCCUUUUUUUUUUGUUUUGAUCAGAGGACCAAAACCAGUGGGCUUCUUUAUUUUUCCUUUCACAUCUAUUAACUAAUUCAGUAAUGGAUUUAAUUCUUGCUUAUUAGAAAGAUGUUACAAAUGCUGUAUUCUUGCUUUCUGAAGAUGAUAAAGAGUAUAUGUAAAUUGUACUGGUUUAGCAAAGUGAGGCUUGCAAAGCAAGCUGACAGUUGACUAUGUUUUACACUUCUCUUUUAUGCAGUAUAUUGAAGGGCAUGACAAGAACGUCACAAAAUAACUCCCUUAAUGUUGAGAAGAGGGGAAAUGCUUAAGGAGGAAGGAAAUUAGUAGCCUUUCUCUUUAUGGGAUUCUUUUCUCCUCUUAGUGCAUGUAACUCCCUCUUAGGAAUCAUGGGAUUAGUGCAUGUACAUCAAGGGGAGAAUAGUCAACGUUUCAUAUUUUCUUAUCAUAACUUAUUAGACAUGCAUUGUUUUUAAAAAUAUAAUAAAUAUAUCAUCAUUUGCUUAAAUUUUGCUCUUCUAAGCAGACAUAUCAGUAACCAUUUGGAAGACUAAAAUAUACAGCAGUGCACAAAACAGUAUAAAAACAGCACAAAUCUCUUCAUUUUAAAUUUUAUCUCAUCAAAUAGGGUUUUUUAUACAUAUAUAAAUAUAUAUAUACACAUACACAGAGUAUGUAUAAAUUAACAUGAUGGGAAAUAGCUGAAGUUAAUGUCACUAAUGAAGAUUAGCAGGUGGCUUAGACUGGAAAAGUGAGCAUAGAUUUUAUAUCUUACACUAUUUUUUUCUGUUUAAUAGAUCAUAGCUUGUAUAUUUGACUACCAAGCCCUCUGAGAGCAAUAAUAAACAAAAAUAUAUCAUGUUUUUUGUCUUUGCUUUUCAACCAUGCUGUCUGUAAGUUUAAUAAAACUUAAUGCUAUAGGAGCAUUUUCUCUCUCCACCUUUCAAAACUUUAAUUUAUUGCUUGAUUGUUUAGAUUAAAUAUCAUGUUCUCCAGUUAUGGACUUGCAAGCUGACUUUCUUGGAGCUCAGCGUUGACUCAGAAGAUGCAUGGUUUUGCCGAGUAAAUAUGGACAAAUGCUAUGCUCUGGGCCUUGGCAGCCUUAUCGUUGUUAUGAACAACAAUGAUGUUGCUCUGAAAGCAGGAUUUGCAAUUCCAAGAUAGCAUCAUGUUGACUUACAUCCACCUUGCUAAGAGCCUGGUGGGAGAGCUCUCAGACUGUUGGCUUCAUGGCAACUCUCUGUUAGGAAGGCAGAAGAAGCUGAUGCUGAAGAAGGAUGCGUGAGGUAUCUGGAUAACUGGUAUCCAGAGGUAUUGGCUCAGUAGGAAUUACCACUCUCCGUUGCUCACUGUGGGCUAAAUGUGCUCUUGCAAUUGACUUUGUGUUACUGAGUAAAGUUUUGUGUCAGGCACAAAGAGCAUGAGCAAUGUUCCUUUGUUCUGCUUUAACUUAUCUUGAAGGGCUCUACACUUAAUUGCUGACCAAUGAAUAUGACUACUACCUUUGCCCUAAUUGCCUAGUAUUCACAGAAAAAGUGAAUGUGUCUGUCUACUUACUUCUUCUGUGUGAUACCACUUGUCUCCAUCUACUGCUGUGUAUGUAUUUGCUUGCCUGUAUUUUCUGCACAUUGUUCGGUUACGACCACUCAGUGGGAGCUUGGAGCUUUCCAGCUCAGUCUGACAGAAGCCCUCUCGUGUAGCUUGAGCUUCUGUCUUCCUGAGUUUUGGCACUGGCUGAUGGGCUUAUUAGGUCCGAAGUGACGUAGUUGCGUUUAAGUCUACUGAUGACACAACUUUGCUGCUACAGAGCAGAACUGUAUUAGGGAAGAUAAGUCCUACCCAGGCCUGCUCACAGGUGCCAUCAGGACCUGCUAGCAGGACUCUCCCUGGUGUAGAGGAAAUCCAUCAGAGGGGAUUAGCACAUGGUCUUCACUGGCAGUUGGAGUAACUCGCCAGCAGGUGGUCAGUGUGUAUUUGAUAACUGCUAAAGUUACAGUUCCUGUCUGGAACAACCCCCAAAACUGGUUUCCUGUUUUCACUUCAUGCACAUUUUGCUUAAAGAAGUGUGGGGUUGAAGGCUCUUUCUUUUUUCUUUUUUUUUGUUAAUGCUGAGUUCAUGCUACAGAGUGAACAGAGUGUUUCAGAUUGAAGCGUGAUAAUAUUCACAGAGUUUGGCAUCUUGGAGAAGUAUUUACUAAGCAAGUCCAAGGCCGAGAUGGACAGACUUAGCCCAAGCGUGUUUCAUUCAAAUGCUGCAGGCCAACACAGCUGAAAGUGAAAAAUCCACUCCUGGUUCUCACCAAAAACUGGAUACGGCACUGUGGCUCCCAGCGGCUCCUAGAUGUCCAUGCAGUGAUGCCACUUGGCAGGAAGUUUCUGGUUCACAGCAGUCAAUGUUACGUGUUCUGGUUUGUGCCUGUUAAUAGAAGCCUGUCUUCAUGGUAAUGUUGAUUCUGUACUUCGACGCAGUUUGUUGCGGCUGCUCGCUUCCUUCCUUUUGAACCCUUUGAUCCAAAAUGGGCUGCUCCAGAGCUGCCAGCAAUGAGUGAAGCCAGGAUUUGAGGCAGAUAACAGUCAUGCUGGGUUGCAACUUGCAUAGCUUGAGAGGAAGAGGAACACAGAGAGACACAGCCAAAUUCUUGCCCUGAAAAAAUGGAAUAAUUGCCAGGAACUUUGUAAACAGAAGAUCAGCAUGUAUGUGGGCAGGCAAAUUCUGCUCUAAUAUGGUUGUGAAACUCUUUGCGGCCAUUUACGAGGUAACUCUCACUACAUUCAUGUGACUGGGCUCAGAAUUUGUCUUGAAGGGCCUAUCUCCUUGUUGCAGAUGGCAACUUUGACUCUGCCAUGCUUCCCCAUCUUUAUCUUGAAGAAUAGUUUAUCUGACUUUUCUCAGCAAUCUCUGUACCAAGAUCCUCAGAGAUUUUUUUUUUUAACAUGCUAUGAUUUUGAAGGUGAAUUUGGUAGAAGUCAGUGUUAUUGGGUCUGUGUCGUGUUUGCUAGCCACCAGAAAAUACCAUGAAAAUAUCCCACACCUUUUGGAAUUGGGAAGACGGUGAAUUGGCAUCCAUAAAAUAAACAUCAUGCUUCUUUUAUCAUUAGCCUCUCUAAGUUUAUAGAACAUUACCUGUGUUUUUUAAAAUGUUAUAUCCAUAGUUCCAAGCUACUCUUCAAUUUUAGAAACUCGGAAAAAGUUAGUUUGUUCACUUUAACUUUUGAGAGUACUUGAAUGUAGUUGAUUCUAUAAUUCUCAAAAGCUUUACAAACUCCACUAGCAGAAGCAGCCAUUCUGUCAUUUAUGUAUUUUAAAAAUUAAAAAAUCAGAAACUGGGAUAUAAUACUGCGUUUAUCUAAAUUGGCAGUGUCCUUUAAUGUGGGGACCACCACUACUAAUUUUCAGUCUUAAACAUGUUUUAUUUCUCUUUUUAUUUUCACCAACAUAUUUUUUCAAAAAAAAAAGAAAACAAUUUACCACUUACACUAAAAUCUAAUUUGAGAAGGGAGGAAGGAUGGGCAGCACAGGUUAAUUAGAAAUGAAAAUUUUUUCCAAGGCAUGAAAUGCUUAUACAGACCUCAUUUAUUAUGUGCAUAUGCAUCUGCGCACACAGACAAGCUGUACCUAUUUACAUUAUUUUGCUUCAGCUGCAUCAGACCUAUAAGUUGUGACAAUUGAAUGCCACUUGCCCGAAAGGCAGUAUGCUACUGUAAACUGGCAUGUUACUCAGUCAUAAUGAUCACCAGCAAGUACUGUAGCUUUAAUGAAAAUUUUCUCUCUGAGAACACUAACCAUACUUAAUCUGAUUGAUUGUUACAAACUUGUAAUUUGGGGGGAAGUAUAUGCACCAGAUUAUCAUUAUUAGCCAAAUCUAAUGAGUAAUAAAACUGUAUACAGGGUACACAUUUACUGUGCAUGUGUAUAUAUUUUUGUACAUUUUUACAGUUAUUUCCUACACUUGAUUUUAUGACGUUCAGGAAAGAUGCGUCUGAAUCUGGUAAAAACUAUUACAAAAAAAAAAAAAAAAAAAAACCACUGUCACCUACCAUAGUUUCUAAAAGGAAUUGUGCCCCAAAUGAAUACACAGAUUUACAGUGCUAUGCAAAUAUUAUUUUGUAAGUUGUCUCUUAAAUUUUGCUUAAGUAGUUCAUGCUGUUUUUACUGAGCUUUGAGAAAAUGAUUAAUGCAAAAGACUCAUCUUGUAAAAUAAAAUAGCUUUGGCUGUGUGAGA